AUGUCUGACACGGAGAUGGACGGCGGCGUCGCGCUCAACGGCGCCGACGCAAUGCACGCGGCCUCCCCGCCCAACGCAGCCAUGAGCAUGACCGACUCGACCCUCGCGACCAGAAGACCCGUGACCGUCGACAAGCCCACGCCCUACACCUUCGACCUGGGGAACCUGCUGGCGAACGACCCCAAUCCCGUGGCGCGUGACGCCGACGAAGCAGCCCUGCAAGCCAACGCCCGCGACGCCGCCCAGGUCCUCGUCAACCAGCUGCUCAGCACCUGCGAGAUCAAGUCCUCGGCCGAUGGCGUGCACCUUGUACUCCCCCCGUGCACCACCCCGCUGCCCCGCGAAAAACCCAUCCCCGCCGAGAAGCCGCCUACCAAGUGGGAGCUCUUCGCGAAGAAGAAGGGCAUCACCAAGAAUAAGAACGACAAGACCAAGCUGGUUUAUGACGAGGCUACCGGCGAGUGGGUCCCCAGGUGGGGCUACAAGGGCAAGAACAAGGAGGGCGACAACGAGUGGCUUGUUGAGGUCGAUGACAAGAGGGAGAAGGAGACUGGCGAGGCCCACGAUGCGAGGGCCGACAGCAGGGCUGCAAGGAAGGAGAAGAUCCGGAGGAACGAGAGGAAACAGCGCGCCAACGAGCGCAACGCUAAGAAAUCUGGCUAG